CAAUUUAGUUACUCUUCGAUUUUCGAACAGUGCGGUAAAAACUUAAAUUUAUUUAGAACUUCUAUUCGUGCGUUUUUUUGUGUGAAGAUUCAACGAAACGAAAGUGACAACGCAAGUUUGGUCAGCGACCAGCAAUUUUUGUAUGAGAACGCGCUGAUCGACGAAGUGCUACGAAUUUGGUGCAGCAAUACUUCAUAAAUACCAAUUGCAAAAACCAAAAAGUAAAAAAUAAAAAAUAUUACACUAAAGUUCAAAUAGUACACAGUGUGUUGGGCAAGAAUUGCAAUUAUGUUGUGCAUUUUUUAAUACGUUAAAUAUUCAACUUGUGCUCGAUUAAAGUGUGGUGUCUAACAAAAAUAGCAAAUUUUUGUUUUUUAUAAAAGUCAAUUAAUAUAAAAACAACAAAUAAUUAAAUACAAAACACAAUGCAAGCGGUAAAGGCGAAAUUGUCAAAUAUUUCCAUACCAUGGAGGCUAGUGUUGAAGAAUGUCGCAGCGAUUGUGAUAUCUUUGGUAGCAUUGUCAUGGCUACACCUUCGUCCAUUAGGCAUUUUCUUUCUAUCGCUAUUCUUCUACUGGAUUUAUAAGACGCGCUGCAACUUCCGAAUUAUACCACCGCCUGAAUUGCAAAAAAUUGACCAAUUUCGCAAAGAAAAUAGAAAAAUGUUCGGCGCAUCCUUGUUUACUGUUGGAGGAAUCCUUGCGUUCGGUGGUCCGAUAUUAACAGGUCUUUCUCUGGGCCUGGUGUUAGUGGCGACAGCGGUUAUAUUAGCGAAUAAGGUUGAAUAUGAGGCUUUACGAAGAGAGCGACGCCGUGGCAAACGCUAUUAUGACGACUACAGUGGUAGCGAAACAGGGACCGGCACAGAGACAGGUACGGACAGUGAGUCCGAAACGGAUGAUGAAUUUUUGCCAGACACAAGCUCAAAUAAUCUUGUGCUAUUGGCACGUGCAAGCGAUCAAGCCUCAUACUCUAUAAAGACGGAGGACAUCGAUGAUAAAGAUGAUGAUGGUGAUGACGCUAGUGAUGGAAGUGAUGAUAUACCAUCAGAGCUUUUAAUCCCCGACUCCAUACCGGAGUUGAAUGAAAACUCCACAGAUGAUGACGAUGAUCUGAUGCCGGUCAUCAAUGUUGAUGAACUAAAUGCAGAUCCGCGCACAAUUGCCAGUAAUAUACGCUUUGAGAAGUGUCACUUUAAGUCUGACUCCUCCUCAUCAUCGGAGGAGAAUUUGUCGAAAGGUUUAAAUUUUACCGAUUCGGCAAAGCCAGUCAACACCGCCACAAAUGAUGGCGUUGUUGCCGCCUUAGUCGCCACAACAUCCGCUCAAGCACUACUCGAAGGUGGCAGCAAGCUACUGCCUAGCCUUGUCAGCGGCCUAAUCGGGCUAGGAAACAAAAAUGUAGCUACCAACAACAGUAGCAAAAGCAAAGUAAAGGAGGAAGACCGCUCCUCCGAAAGUGACUUUGAGAUCAUCGAUCACGAAUAGGAACGCAGCUUAUAAUAUUCCCGAGUCCAAAGAAUAAUAUAUGUAUGUACAUACAUAUAUUUAUAGAUAUAUUAGUAUACUGGCGAGGAAAGGUAAUUAGUAAGUGAAACACAAUUCAAAAUAAAUACAGUUGUACUUAUUUUUAGCUAAUGAAUUUUAAAAUAUAUAGACUAUUAUUUAAAGGAUUUGCAUCAUAUUUUUAGUAGCAGCUUUUUUUAUUUUUUUUUUUAGUUUAA